AAUUGAUUAAUCAGAAUGGUGAAGCUAGCUUCCGCAAGGGUCUUCCGCACCUACGGCCCGGGCCUGGCCAAGAACCGCUACGAGUACAUCAACGCCGCCCUCUAUCUCAUUGCCUCCCUCGUCCUUCUGUCGGGCCUGGCGGCCCAGCUUUCUUCCGAAGCCCGAUCCGGCCUGGUGCUUAUCAUCGCCGCCUUGGCCAUCAUCCUCCUCGUCAACCUCCAUGACCUCUUCGCCCACCUCGUCGGCAUCGAUUUCCGGUUGCCCUUGAUCGCCUUCGACCUUCAACUCGCCUUCGUCGAGUUCGCGGUCCCUGUCAUUCAGAUGUUCGGAACGCUUCUUGCCUUUCUAGGCGUCUUCUUCCUUUUUAUUCAGGAAGAGAAAGGAUAUGGGUACUUCAAAUUGGAAAAGCAUGCUCUGAACAUGCUGGUUGCUGGUCCUGUAUUGUGGGUGAUAGGAUCGAUUCAUAAUUCGUGCCAAAUUUAUGAGAGAGCGGAUGGUCAUGUGCAAAUCUUGCAGCAGUGUGUGUAUAUUCCAUUUUUGAUGGGGAGUUUGUCAUUCAUGCUUAGUGCAAUUCUCAAUUAUCACGAGAAAUCUAGAGAUAUCCACCAUGGCCUUCACUUACUUGGUGGUACUUGGAUCUGGCUAGGCAUCUUUGGAAGCCUAAUGUUCUUUAUUGGUGGAUUGACAAACUUAAUCAAAGUGUUCAAGAUGCAACAAAUGAAUGGAAUUAGGCUGGAGAAACUGCGAGGUGAAGCACAUGAACGACUGCUGAGUGCGAGAGAAGCACAGAUUCCCCUGAUCAUGGAACAUCAAACAAAUAUAAGCCAUCAACCUCAAGAGACCAAAGUUACUUUACCUCUUCCUACUCCUUACAAGGAUGUCCUUAUUGGUCAGACUAACGUUGAAAUUUCUAAUAUUUUUUUUAAUAAAAAUGAAAAAUCUCACCUAUAUAAAUAUGUGGUUACGAUCCAGCGUGUAAAGGCCUUGUCUUUGCCCGCGGUGCUCCUGUUGAUAACGGAGAAGCUCCUUCUUUAUCGUUUCCCUUUUUUGAGAACCCCAAUCCCGUUAACUCGUAAAAAAAAAAAAAAACCAGAGCCCUUCUCGUCCUCUCAAUUCUCUCAGUCCAAGGGGCUGCAAAUUUUCUGGUUCUUUUCGACAGAUUUUGAGUCAUUGUUUGAAAUGGCAUCGGUAUCUAGUCAGCCACAGUUCCGUUACACUCAGCCGCCGUCAAAGGUGCUUCAUUUGAGGAACUUGCCGUGGGAGUGCACAGAGGAGGAACUGAUUGAGCUUGGGAAGCCGUUUGGCAAAGUUGUUAACACAAAAUGCAAUGUUGGGGCAAAUAGAAAUCAAGCUUUUAUUGAAUUUGCAGAUUUGAAUCAAGCCAUUGCAAUGAUAUCAUACUAUGCCUCAUCAUCAGAGCCUGCUCAAGUACGAGGGAAAACUGUAUACCUACAAUAUUCAAAUAGGCAAGAAAUAGUGAAUAACAAAACUGCUGCAGAUGUUCCUGGGAAUGUAUUGUUGGUAACGAUUGAGGGUGCAGAUGCACGUCUUGUCAGCAUUGAUGUCUUGCACUUGGUUUUUUCAGCCUUUGGAUUUGUGCAUAAGAUUACUACUUUCGAGAAGACAGCAGGAUUUCAGGCACUGGUGCAAUUCUCAGAUGCAGAGACUGCCACCUCUGCGAAGGAUGCUUUGGAUGGAAGAAGCAUACCUAGGUAUCUGCUGCCUGAGCAUAUGGGACCAUGUACCCUUAGGAUCACUUAUUCUGGACAUUCAGAUUUAAGUGUAAAGUUUCAAAGCCACAGGAGCAGAGACUAUACUAAUCCUUACCUUCCUGUUGCUCCAUCAGCUGUGGAGGGAAGUGGACAGGCUAUGGUUGGCUUGGAUGGGAAAAGACUGGAGGCUGAGAGUAAUGUUCUCCUUGCAUCUAUUGAAAACAUGCAAUAUGCCGUAACACUGGAUGUCUUACACAUGGUUUUCUCUGCUUUUGGUCCUGUCCAAAAAAUUGCAAUGUUCGAUAAGAAUGGUGGUUUGCAGGCUCUGAUUCAAUUUCCAGAUACUCAGACAGCUGUUGUGGCCAAGGAGGCCUUGGAAGGACAUUGCAUAUAUGAUGGAGGUUUUUGCAAGCUUCACAUUUCAUAUUCACGACAUACUGAUCUAAGUAUAAAGGUCAAUAAUGAUAGGAGCAGAGACUAUACCAUUCCUAAUACCCCUGCUGUGAACGUCCAACCCUCAAUUUUAGGGCAACAAUCUGUUCCCAUGAUGGGCCCUCCACAACAACCAUACAAUGGGUCUCAGGCUGGAUGGGGGACAGCUCCACCAGCAACAACGGUUCAGUCUAUGCCAAUGCAGAUGCACAAUAAUGUUUACAUGCCAUCUGGAACUAUGCCACAACAAAUGGCCCCUGGAAUGCAAUUUCCAAGUUACAACACAGCACAACCUACAACAACAUUGCCCUCAUAUCGAUCUGAUCGUACUCAAUAGCAUGCAUCUCCUUUGUCUCAAAUAGAUCUCUACAUUGGUUAGCGCUGGCUUAUGCAGAAUUGAGGACUGUCAUUUAAAUUAGGGUUCCCCUUCUCAUCUUUCCCUUCUGUCAUUUUUCAGAUGUUGAAUAUUGAACGGGUCUGUAAGCUAUUGGUCAACAACUUUUGAGUGUCUUAACUAUGAAACAAAAUAUUCUGUUUUGGUGUAUUUGUGUUUGAGAAUAUGAUGUAAUCCAGUAUAAUCGAUUUUGUAUGGAUGACGAAGUAAUAUCAUGUUAUUACCAGCAUCGUAGCUUCGGGUUGUGAAGCCAUA